UCGGCCCCCAGCCCCCCACCUAAAAGCCCACCGGCGACGUCGUUUGCCGCUCUCUACUACUCCAAUCAGAAGUUCAGAACCCACCCACUCGCGGAGGCGCACCACGCAAGGACGGGGGAGGGAGAGCGCGCGGCGAGGCGCGAGCGGUCGCGGCGAUGCCGAGGAUCCCGGUUGCCGAGCGGCCACGGUUGACGCUCGAGGAUUACAUCGUCUUCUUCACCACCCGCAGCGGCAAGGGCCUCAGCCUCCACCACCUCAACGAGGUCCGAGCUCUCCCCCUCCCUCUCGUCGUAGAUCAACCCAUGUCCUUGGUCGCGUACUCGCGUGCGCUUGUCCUGAGCUCUUCUCCCUUCUCCUCGUCGCAGAUCAUCUACAUGCACGCGUUCACCAAGCUCCACCGGGUGCCGAAGCCGGCGAUGGUGGACGCGCUCGGCUCGGUGGAGCUCCUGCGCCCGCGCCGCUCCACCGUGCCUCUCAAUGCCACCGCGCCGCCACCGGGCGCCGCCUCGGCCGCGGCCGCCGCGCUCUCCGCGGGCGAGGCCACGCGCGACAUCGACGACAUCGGCUGGCGCGAGUGCCCCGUCGGCUCCCUCCUCUCCGUCCGCGCCGGGCUGCGGUCGCCCGCCGCGGCGGCCGCCGAAACCCCCGUGCCGAUCUCCGCGAUCGCCCCCGGCUCCACGGAGCGCAUCUCCCCGCCGAGCCUGCUCAGCGCCUCGGCGCCCCUGCCCCCCGCCCUGCCGGCAGCGGCCAGGAAGAAGCGCUCCCGGACGGGCACGGGGAAGGCCGCGAUUCGGACCAGGCGGCGGCGCGUGGUGGAGCUGCUCACGCUCCCGUCCGUCGAGAUGGCCACCGCCGGCCUAGCGACGCCGCCGCCCCCACAAGCUCUGCCCACCGGCCCGUCUGCCGGCGAGCAGGCACCGGCAUCUACUUGAUUUCUGCUUCUGAUCAUCAGUACUACAACAGCAUGCACUAGUGUUAGGUUGGGUUCGGUUGUCGUUGGACUAGAUUCAGUUUCCGGUGAGACCUUGUUCCGUCCUUUCGGUAGAGAAGACUCAAAUGAGUGAUCUGUAAAUUAUGAUGGUGAUUUGGAAUCGGGCGUGAAGGGUCAAUGCUUUAUUCAGUUGAAAGGAGUUGUGAUCGACAGAUUAUGGUGGUGUUGAGGGAUCACUGUGAAGGUUCAAAGCAAAUUAAACUUGGUGACGUUGAAACUUGGAA